AUGGCACAGGAACCAACUCGAGAUUAUGACACCCAGUCACUGACUGCCAGUGUAACCGAAUAUCCAAUCGAAAACGGCAGAACGUACCACAAGUACCAUGAAGGCUCAUACAUGUUCCCGAACGAUGAGCGGGAAAUGGACCGUCUAGACAUGCAGCAUCACAUGUGCAAGAUGUUAACGGGAGGCCGCCUGUUCUUUGCUCCCAUCAUAAACCCCCGCAAUAUCAUCGAUAUCGGUACGGGCUCCGGAAUAUGGCCAAUAGAGAUGUCACAAAUCUUUCCAAACACCCAAAUCACGGGCACCGAUCUCUCCCCCUGCCAACCUACCGAAGUCCCCGAAAACGUCCACUUCAUCGUCGACGACAUCACAGAGGACGAAUGGCUCUGGGACCGCAACUCCCUCGACUACAUCCGCACGGGCCACCUCUCUGCAUCCCUCCCCUCAUACAAAGAGCUGCUACGCAAGAUGUACAGCCACCUCAGGCCAAACGGGUGGGCCGAGAUCCACGAGUUCGAUACCAUGGUCCGCUGCGAUGAUGGCACAAUGCCACCGCUCGAUGACUCCAUGUUCAGCACAUACCCCUUCCAAGACUGGUGUGACCUGCAAAUACAGUCCGGUCAGGUCACGGAUCCACCGCGGCAGGUGCGUGUAGCGCACCGUCUUGCGCGUGGAAUGAGAGAGAUGGGUUUCGUCGAUGUUCAAGAGCGUAUAUACAAGGUCCCUGUCAAUAGAUGGCCGACGGACCCGCACCUGCGAAGCGUUGGGCAAUGGAUGGAAUCGAAUAUACUAGAGGGGUUGUCGGGCUGGUCAUAUAAGCCGUUAAGGCUGCUGGGGUGGUCAAAGGCCGAGAUCGAGGUCUUCCUCGUGAAUGUGCGCAAGAGAAAGUAUCAGCUUAGUCAUUCCAAAUCGUGGACCUCCGAGGGUCGGUUCGGCUCAAGCUCACAUCAACCACACGCAGAACGUCAGAGCGCCCAAUUGCUUGAAUGGCACCAUUGCCUCAUGUCUCUCGGGAGAUGUGCCUAUAGGCAUGCCACUGCUUCAUCUUCAAGCACAUUUACAGACCACCUAUGGAUCAGCGACGAGCUUCUAGCAUCGACCUUUCGGCGUUUCGUGAGCGGCCAACGACGUUAUGAGAGCCGGGUUCCGGGGCCACUGGAGGCCAGGAGGAGGCUGGCCAAGCGGAGGAACACAGCUCUGGCAAGUAUACCUGGCUCCGGGCCCGGGGACGAUAUUGCGAGCUUGCUUGGAAAGAAUGGACGGGAGCAUAUGAAAUGGAGUGAGCCGGAUAAAGGUUUCGACAUUCCAUUUUCUUCGCCGCCACUACCCCCACAAUCAAUGAGCUUGUUUGACCACUUUCUGAAUCCGGACGCGUUCGAUUCUGGGGAUAUGGAGGACACUAGCCCGGAUUCCGGGAGGCUCACGCGCGAGGAGUUCUUUGGAGAUAGGCUGCACGAAUACCAGACAGUAAACGAUCUGAGGGGCGCUAUUCGUGAAUUGGAGAUCGAUCUCCGACAAGAACCGAGCUCGAGCCGUCUACUAUUUGAUCACUUGUUGGCGCAGUCAUUGCACAGAGGAGGUGCUGUGGAUGAGCUAGCGCUGUUCCUGGAUGAUUCGCAUCUUAAUAUUCCCGGGGCAAGGAAUUACCUGCGUUUGGUUGAGCAUUCUAUGUCUCCAAAUCUCCGGUCGGGCAGACGGCGUGCGCUGUUUAAUCCCGUUUUACGAGCCUUGGAGCUUGGAGUUGUCCCUCGCCGAGAGAUUUGUGCGAUCAUAAGUUGCUGGUCAGACUGGGGGGAAACUCGAGAAAACUGCCGUAAGGCCCGCCGAGAACUGAUGAAAGUCUAUCGCGAGAUUUGGGGCGCGAUUGGCAAGUGUGAUGUUUACGGGCAUCAACACUUGGAACAGUCGCUUGUUGAUGCUUGGCUUGGCAUCUGCUGGGAGAAUGGCACCGUGGGCUACCUUCGAUUAGCCAAAGACAUUCUGCUGGCCACCGACUAUGGGCUGUCAAGGAGCCGUUCAUGGUUGCCGAAGUUCGUCGCUAGAUUGCUUUCUGACCCCAGCUAUUCACUUCCGACGCCUGAUAUGGAUAUUAUCAUAGAAAGCUUGAAGCCAUUCGAUGUCGAUGUCAUCUCGAAUUCCUUGAUACGUGGCACUGACGCUCUAUUCACUUCAAAUAAGACACGAUAUCUCCGGAGAUGGGGGAAAUGUCUGGCUAGGCUUCAUGAUGCCUCUGAACUCACCUCAUCUGAAGCCUGGACUCGCGUACGGAGUGAACGUGACCCAAGGGUGGAGCGACAUCUGGUGCUGCGGCGUCUCUGGAUGCUACACACAAUGAGGAGGUUCUCUCAGAGACGAGCAUCCAAUCUCACCAAAACGGCCACCAAACACCUGUAUAGACACUAUGAGUCUUUGCGAAGAUACACGAAAAGGAAAGACAAAGUCACUAUUGACUUGUGGACUAGCCUGAUCCAUCACAUCUCCCGCAUGAAGAUUCCAUUCAACUUGGAGGCGAUUGCCGACGAUUUGAGAACUGGAAAGCCAAUGACGUACACGAUGAGAACUCGUCUUCGACAGUUCCAAAAGCGACCAUUAUCGUUCAGCAACAUAUUUGCGGACGUACAAGCCUACAACGCCGCCCGCCACGCCUUCGGCAACAAUGUCGACAGCCAAAUCCGCCAGGUCGACGUCGGCAGCCCCGACUUCCGCGACUGGGCGAUCCAAACCGCAAGAACCGGUGACUCAUCCGCAGUCUUCUCUAUUCUCCGUCUCCUGCGCUCCCACACGCCAAUCAAGAUCGCCCUGUCUAGAGCAUGGCCUCUCCCCGACACCGCCGACAAAGCCCCUAUCCGCUACGAUCCCCGUCCCAGGAAUGCAGGCUCUCCGGAUCCUCACGCCGUGCUAGAUAUGAUUCAUGCCCUAGCAACUUCGGUUGCGUGCGCGAAACAGCUUUCGCCGCAACGUGCGUAUCGCCUGGUUCGUUGGAUCUAUAUCUUCCUUUAUAGACACGGUGCGCCUAUUCAGUCGCCUAUGGCGCGCGCUCUGUAUUAUGCUGGCAUUGUGAGGUUUCGCAAGGAGAAGGGAUAUAUCAGUCCAGCUCAAAAUGACUAUAUUUGGGAUGUUGUGAGGCGUGCGGUGGUCUGA